AUGCGAAUGCCAUCAAUUUUACGAAUAUUACUGUUAUUAUUAUCACAAGAGAAUUUAUUUGUGAAAGGGCUUGACGGGUGGGAAAUACUCGCUGAUUCCCCGAGGAAUCUCUCAAAAAGCGCUCAGCAAUGGGAGGUACUCGACGGGAAAACAAUCGACAUGAGAAAAGACGAGGAAAAGCAACGCUGGGAGAUCGUUGAUGCGAAUUCGACAAAGCCACCAAUGCUCAAAGUUGACUGGGAAGUGAUGGAUGCGACGCAAGAACAAUUUUCGGAGAGAUUAGGGUUACAAGAAAAACAGCUUUAUCCGCUAUUGCUGGAAAAGGAAGCAUUUGAAGAAGAAGAAGAAGAAGAAGAAGAAGAAGAAGAAGAAGAAGAAGAAGAAGAAGAAGAAGAAGAAGAAGAAGAAGAAGAAGAAGAAGAAGAAGAAGAAGAAGAAGAAGAAGAAGAAGAAGAAGAAGAAGAAGAAGAAGAAGAAGAAGAAGAAGAAGAAGAAGAAGAAGAAGAAGAAGAAGAAGAAGAAGAAGAAGAAGAAGAAGAAGAAGAAGAAGAAGAAGAAGAAGAAGAAGAAGAAGAAGAAGAGGAAGAGGAAGAAGAGGAUGAUGAAGAAGAAGAGGAAGAAGAAGAAGAAGAAGAAGAAGAAGAAGAAGAAGAAGAAGAAGAAGAGGAAGAGGAAGAAGAGGAUGAUGAAGAAGAAGAGGAAGAAGAAUCUUUUCAAGAUUUCUUUCUAUUCGAAACCGAAGGAGCUGUACUUCGAUCAGAUCCGAAAUCUUUCAGAUCGAUGCCAGAAAAUCUUUGCCCAGCCGGAUUGGUGCCAUUUCUCGAGGACAAGCGUGGGAUUCCGCGCUCGUGCAACGAUAACUCAAUUUUUUUAUUUAUUCAAAAUUUUUAUGGUUGUCCAACGGGAUAUCACUGCGGAAAGAACAAGAUUUGCUGUGGAGCGCCCGGGAUUUGCCCCGAGUACUUCUACGCGCUCAAGGAUGAUUACGGUCGUUACACAUCCUGUGUGAAAUCGACGAUUGGCCUUUGCCCCAACGAGUCACUUUGUAUGGAGACAACUACAGUAUCCCAGAGACUAUGCUGCGUACAGUUCGAGUACGCUUGCCCGAUGCGAGACGCUAAACCGUGGCCGGCCGCUGAUCGACCAAAGAUGUGUACACUUGCUGACUUGUCGACAUGCCCCAAUUCGGCUCAAUGCAUGCCCAGUAGCGUAGCCGGUACGACAAUCUGUUGCGAGCGAUCGUUGAGCGAAGUUCGAAGUUUCUCCGCAAUUGGCACCGAGCCAAGCAAAGACGAAAAAGAAGAAAGUUGUCCACCAGGAUGGACACCAUACAAUCAAGAGAAAAUCAUUUGUUCCCCAUCAAAGGCAUCUCCAUGCCCCGGAAAAUCCGCUUGUCUUCGCGCCGCUUCCACUCAAACUCAGCACAUUUGUUGCUCUCCCGGCUCAGUGACCGUACCAUUCUUUGGUGAUCGAUGUCCAGUGAAUCGUUCAAGGAUUGAAUUGAUCAACGGGGCACCAAGGCGAUGCUCUGCCUAUAGUCCUGAGUGUUCGGAUGGGUACACUUGCCAGCUUUCAUACCUCCGUAAGCACAUGCUCUGCUGCUCGACUACAGUACGCGCCCAGCAACCAGCACAGCUUCAAUUCACGUGUCCACAAAUCGGUCAAACGCCAGUCGUUUCUCAGCAAGGGAACAACGUUUUCUGCAGUAAUGCCGGACAAAGAGACGUUUGCCCAAUCAAUUCUUUAUGCGUUUCGGCAGCGAACAGUCAAGGAUUGCUCAUUUGCUGCUUCAGCUCGCCGACCAAUGUCCAACCGAUUUGCCCGAACAACGGCCAACCGCAGCCGAGUCUUGGCGGCAGCUUUGUCGCUUGUGAUAUCACGAAUCCGAUUUGCAACACUGGAUUCACGUGUGUCCGCGCGUCGAACGAUUUUCAGACAACUCUCUGCUGUGCGCCGGGCACAAACCCGAGCAGUCCGAUUUGCCCAAAUCAGCAAACUGUUCAAUUGACAAACGGUCAGCCAACUUUCUGCAAUCCGUCAAUAAUUUCCGGGUGCUCGACGGGUUUCACGUGUACCCAAGCGGCGAAUAUGGCUGGAACAUUUAUCUGUUGCAGUGCUGCUGGCAUAUCGACUUGUCCCGCGAAUUUCAGCCCCAGUUUGGACAAUCUUGGAAACCAGAUCUUCUGCACACCAACAAAUACAGCCGGUUGCCCAGGCGGAUCGCAGUGUCUCCAAUCGCCGAAUAAUCCCGCGUUUUUCUUGUGUUGCAGGUCCACAAUAGCGCCUCGAGUUUGUCCAAAUGGGCAAAGUGCGUUGUUGGGUCCAAAUGGGAAUCUCGUUUCGUGCACUGGACCGGGAGCGCCUUGUAGUCAACCGAACUACAUUUGCACUUUAUCCCCAGUGCUCGCUCAAUAUUACUGUUGUGGUGUGAGUACACAAGUUGCUGUUUGUGCCGACGGACGAGAGACCUAUCAACAGAUCUCCGGUUCAACAUAUUCCUGUAGUCCGCUUCAAGUUCCCACCGGUUGCCCAAUCGGCUACGAUUGUGCACAAAGCAGCGUUCUGGGCACCUACGUCUGUUGCCGAACGAUCGUCACAACAAUCUCUCCAUUGAAUCAAUGCCCAAGCGGUUGGAAUGGCUAUCGAAAUGAAGUCACUGGUGAGAGUCGCACGUGCACUGGGCCCUUUGAUAUGAGUUGUCCAACCGGCUACUCUUGUACUCCGACGACAAACUCGUUUCUUGGCGGUACUUCGUCAUUCGCUUGUUGCAGAUUGGCCACUACACUUCGUUGUAUCACUGGGCAACCGCUACUAAUGAACAAUCAACCACGUUUAUGUUCUUCACAACGACUCAAUCAAUGUCCACCCUCUUACACGUGUCAACAAUCGACUGUGCCAUCGAUCACGAUUUGCUGCACCAAUAUUCCUUUUCCAUUGUCGAGGGACAGCAGUUUACUGUGCUCGGACGGUUCGCAGCCGGCUUUCGUCGGGACAAGUGUGCAAUACUGCAGUGAUGUGGGUGUUCAAUCGACUUGUCCCUCAUCGUAUUUGUGUCAACAAAACACUUCAGGGCGUAAUUUAUGCUGUAGGGUUAGGCGAGCUCGAAUCGCGUCGAGUAAACGAAUCGAGAAAAGCGGGACGAACGACUCGCAAUGGGUUUGCGGAGUGGGCACGAUUGCUCAAUUGAACGGCGGUGAUCCGAUCAAAUGCGGUGAUGAUCGGGAUUGCAAAAAGCCAAACUCCUGUCUUCAAUCACCUUUCCAUUCAAAUUCUUCUUUCUGUUGUCAGCGAGCCGUUUGCCCGUCCGGAGUUUCUUUAGCGAAAAUGGGCAGAACUUGUCAAAAUGAUGGAGACUGCGGAGAGAACUCGCAAUGCCAGCGAUCAGCCAAUAUUCCGCGCAUUUCUCUCUGCUGUGCGACAAAAGUUCCAGUGGUAACACGUUGCACGAAUAGAGAAACGCAAAUGAUCCAAGGUCGUCCAGUGUCCUGUAUUGUGUUUGGUUUCAUUCACGAGUCGAUUCGGCAGCUGAUCAUACGGAAAUACGGCGAAGAUUUGUGGUUGCAGAUAUUAUCAAGAGCUGGUUUCGAGAACGGUAAAGAAAACGUCGUUAACCAUUACUACAAUGAUUCGGACACGUAUCUCUUGGUAGACUCUGUGAGCGCGAUUACGAAGCUUUCCCGAGAGCAAGUCUGGGAGAUGUACGGCACGUUUCUGAUCGUUUACACGAUGGAGUUGGGCUGGGACGAGCUGGUGCGCAGUAUGAGCCCGAAUUUGAAGGGUUUUCUCGACAGUCUAGACUCUUUGCACUACUUUAUCGAUCACGUUGUGUACAAGGCGAAUUUGAGGGGCCCGUCUUUUCGAUGCGAGCAGAACGUGGACGGGACGAUCACUCUGCAUUAUUUCACCGGACGGCCUGGUCUAUACCCGAUUGUGAAAGGAGUGCUGAAAGAGGUGGCUCGUUGCGUGUUCAACAUCGAGAUCUCGUUGACGAUCACUGGCGAGGGUGAGCCGUUGCACAUGUCGUUGAGCGAUUUCUCGACACUCCUUCCGUAUCACGUGAUCUUCGAUGAGGAUUGCAAAUUGGUGCAAGUCGGGAAAGAGUUGUACAAUCACGUGCCGAAAGAUCUCCUCCAACCGGGUACUCCAAUCAUGCGAAUGUUCGAGUUAACACGACCGCAAAUCCCUUUUGAUUUUGAUAAUGUGUGCAAUUUCAUCAACGCCGUUUUCGUGUUACAAGUGCGCACGGCGCCCACCGAUUUGCGACGGCAACGCGAGGCUGAAGCUGCUCAGGCUGGCGAGGGUUAUUCAUCCGGUGCUCAUUUAAAGCUGAAGGGUCAAAUGAUGAGAUUGGCGUCGGGGAAAUUUAUCAUUUACCUCUGCUCACCGUAUGUGACAUCUAUUCAAGAGUUAAUGGAUUUCGGGAUGAGGUUGACAGCGAUGCCGCUUCACGACGCGACACGCGAUUUGAUUCUGCUCAAUCAGCAACGACUUAGCGAUGUGGAAGUGAAUCUCCAACUUGAAGCGAACAACGAGCAACUUGAGGCAAUGGCCAAGGAUUUGGAGGUCGAGCACUCUCGCUCGGACAUCAUUUUGAAAGAUAUGUUGCCCACACAGAUUGCCAAUCAACUGCUAAAUGGGGAACACAUUGAGCCUUGCGAGUACGAGGAGGCAACGGUGAUGUUCUCGGAUAUUCCAAAUUUCUCCUCAAUCCUCCCGCAAACAAACCCGAAAGAGAUCGUGCAAUUGCUAAACGAUUUGUUCACGCGUUUCGAUCGAUUGAUCUCGUUUCAUCAGGUCUACAAAGUGGAAACAGUUGGCGAUAGCUAUGUGACAGUUUGCGGGAUUCCUGAGUUCAUCCCGCAGCACUGCGAGUUCAUUUGUCACACAGCGUUGGGAAUGAUUUGGGAAGCUCGUUCAGUAUUGGAUCCGAUCGCGAAAAGCCCAUUGCAAAUUCGAAUCGGCAUCCACUCGGGUCCGCUGGUCGCUGGGGUGGUUGGCUCGAAAAUGCCGAGAUACAGUCUUUUCGGCGAGACGGUCACGAUGGCAUCGCGACUCGAAACGCACGGAUUGCCCGGGAAAAUUCAUUGCAGCGAUCGAGCGUUUAAAUGCGCUAAUGAAACAGGCCGUUUCGAGUUUCAGUCACGCGGUCGGAUCACGAUCAAGGGGAAAGGAGAGAUGGAUACCUAUUUUCUUCUUCGGAGCAACAAGAAAAGUGUUUGGGAGAUCGUGCACAGAGAGCGCGACGUGAAUUUAAACAGCAUUGAUGGGUAUGACGAGCUGGAGUCAGGCACCGAAUUCGCCGACGUGAAAAAGGAGAAUGAGACGAUGCGCCCUGUCAAAGAAUCGAAAACAUGCUCGAUUCAA